GAAAUCAUGUAGAAUCGAGUACAAAAUAGGAUUUGAAUCUGAAUCUAAUUGAAUCAAUCUGAUUCUGUUCUACAAAGAGAGCCAAAUGAGGUAUACAAUUAUCCCAGGAUGGAGCCAUUCAGAAUUUCAGCAUUAGGAUGGAUAUGAGAUAUUAGGAUGGACGAGGUCACACAAGCCGUUGAAAACCUGAAGAAGGAAUGGAGCCAGGCAGUUGCGCAGCUUGAGGUGUGCGUCGCUGCAAUUGAAUCGUGUGGGACGAUGGGAAAAGGGACAGAAGAGGCAAGUUCUCUUCCUAGGCUGAACGGUUCCGCCCAGGAUUCACUGCAUCAGCUCAACGCGCUGCAGUGCAGGCUUGAUCUUCUGGUAGAGCAGCUACCCACUUUUGAAGAAGUGCAGUCUGGCCAGGCAACCUUAGGGUCAUGGAAGGAAGAGUUUAAGAAGCUGGGUUCCAAUCUGAGGAAUGCUAACUUACAAGCAAAAGCAAACAUUAAAAAAGCUGCUCAAGUAGAGAGGGAGCUUCUUCUGGGAGGUGGAGAAGAGUCUACCAUCCGGAGGCGCAAUCUCCAGACAAAAGCUGGGAUGACAUCUGCUGCAGAAAGUAUCACUGAAAGCCUUCGUCGUUCUCGGCAGUUGAUGGUUCAGGAAGUGGAAAGAAGUGCAAAUACCUUGUCAACUUUUGAUGAAUCAACAAGUGUUCUCCGGAAGGCUGAAGGCGAAUAUCAAGGGCACCGCUCUUUGCUAAUGCGUACCCGUGGUUUACUCUCCACAAUGCAACGACAAGAUGUUCUUGAUAGGAUCAUCCUGAUGAUUGGGUUCCUCAUUUUCUCCUUGGCGGUUCUUUAUGUUGUCUCGAGACGUAUUGGGCUGUUGGCAUUGCAACGGAAGCUGGCUGAUGCCAUCAGAUCAGGCUCAAUAUCAGCCGAAGAUGUUGUAGCUAAAGUGCAGCAUGGACGUGCCCCAGCGAAUCCUCUGACCGCUCCUCCGAUUUAUGAUGAACUGUGAUUAACUUCAACGAUAACUUGUACAUCUCGAUAUAGGAGCAAAGUUUACCAUCAGCGUCAAUUCUGCAUGCUAACCUUCGAGAAUUCCUAUCUGGUGCUGGAUGUCUCCACUAACAUUUGUCCAAGAAGAUAUAUGCUGGUUUA